AUGGAGAGGCGGCUGUACGAGGCGCGGGAGGUUGCGGCGCCGGAGCUGCGGCAGGCGGCGGGCGGCGACCAGCUGCCGCCCAAGGUGAAGGAGCAGGAUGUGGGCGUGGCUGAGGGCGUGGCGGGGGCGCGGGGGGGCGAGGAGGAGGACAGGCGUGUAGCCAUACGCAUCAAGCUGUGCGGGGAGUGCGGCGCACGCCACGUGGCCGGCACGUGCCCCUUCUCCCGCCCCACCCACGUGCUUCCCGACACGUGCUCCCCGCCCGCACACCCGCACGACCACCCGCAGCAGAACGGGGUGAUCGUGGCCCCGCCCCACCGCGACUCCCCCGUCAACCUCUCCGGGGGCGGGGGCGCGGGGCGGGAGGACGAGCGGGAGGGUGAGACGUGGAGAGACCCGCAGCGCCCCGGCACGCCCACCUGCUACGCCCGCGCCUCCCUCCCGCCCGGCCUCGCUCUAGAGCGACGCGUCCUCCCGCCGCCCCACGACAGCUCCGUCGACAGCGACAGCGACGUGGGCGUGGUGGGCGUGACGCAGGUGCCCGGGCGGCAGGUGGAGGUGGUGGUGGCGCGGGCGGCCAUCACCCGCUACACCCAGCUGGGCCCCGUGGUGGGCGUCCCCGUCAGGGAGAGGGACAUACCUGACGACUUCUGUAUGGUCAACCUCUGGGAGGUGUUCAGCGGUGAGGGGAAGCGGUACGUGAGCACGGUGGACCCGCGACGCAGCAACUGGACCCGCUACCUGAGACCCGCCCCGGACCGUGACUCUGCCAACCUGGUGGUCGUCCUCAGACCCGUCCUCGACCCCGGUGACGAUAGUACGGGGAUGCUUGUGAUGGGCGGCGUGGGCGGCGUGGGCGUGUUCCUCAUCACCACCCAGGACGUGAGUGUGGGCCAGGAGCUGAUGUUCUGGGCCCACGACCCCACCCUCGCCUGGUCCCGCAAGAAGAUGGAGAAAACCA